UUAUACUCCAGCCACUUCCUCUCAGAAAUCUCGUAUCUAGUAUCAUUUAAUAAAAGCCGAGAUGGGAACUCCAAAGCUCCCAGAAAGAAUGAAAGCCCAAUUCCUCGAUGCAUUCAACACACCUUACGCUCUGCGUGAAACCCCUCUGCCAAAGUCAAGUUCAGAACAUGAUUUACUUAUCAAAGUCGAUGCAGCAUCGUACUGCCACACAGACGCCGUCCUCUCCUCUGGCCAGAUGGCACCUCACCCCCCAUCCCUCCCUCAUAUCGGCAGCCACGAGUUUGCCGGAACGAUACUAUCAACGCCGCCUUCUAGCAGCUUUAAGAUUGGAGAUAGAGUAGGAGUCCCGGGCCGCGGUUUCCAUCCUUGCGGCACAUGUUUCGAGUGCCUUCACGACGGCUGGCCGGACUCCGAUCCCGCAGGUUUCUCAGUCUAUUGCCCGCAUGCUAAAAAUCAUGGUAUUAAUUCAGAUGGCGGGUUCAGAGAGUACGCGGUUGUGGAUGAGAGACAAGUUGCCAAGAUCCCAGAUGGCUUGACGCCGGUGGAGGUAGCGCCGCUCAUGUGUGCCGGAUUGACUGUUUAUGCGGCGUUAAAAAGAUGCGAAUUGAAGCCUGGGCAAAGGGUAGGUAUUUCGGGGUGUGGUGGCGGACUGGGCCAUCUUGGGCUGCAGUUCGGGAUGAAAAUGGGGUACAAAGUCCUCGGAAUGGAUGCCGCUGAUAGACCUUUGGCACUCGCCAAAUCUCUUAACACCGGUGCAAAGAUUAUCGAUGUCCGUGUUGAGAAUGCUGAAGUUGUGAAGAAACAGAUUGCCGAAGAAGACGGUAAAACGGAGCCGGGAGAAAUCGGUCUCGACGCCGUGAUCAUCUUACCAGAAAGCCAGAAAGCGUUUGAUUACGGGAUGGCUUUACUGCGGAAUCAUGGAAAAUGCGUGGUUGUCAGUUUCCCAAACGCAGGGUUUCAUGUCAAUGCAGGGGAUCUGGUUUUCAGAGAUAUUUCUGUGGUGGGGAGUCUGAUUGGGAGUAAUCGGGUACUGAAGGAGAUGCUUGAGUUCUGUGCGGCACAAGGGGUUAGGGCCAUAACGAGGAAGUUUCCCUUGGAGGGUUUGAAUGAGCUUGUUAGCGCGUAUGACAAGGGAGCGGGAGGGAAAUUGGUUAUUGAUAUGGGAAUGAAAUAGGAUAGUUGAUCAAUUCAUCGGGACGUGAAGGAGAUUUGAAUUGUAUGAAGGUCACGGCAUAAAGUAAAACCAGGGCAUUUGUGUUUUAACGGCACUUUAGCGUCUGUUUCUAGCGCACUCAGUCACUAAAUUGCCCUAUAAUUCC